AUGGCCCGUCGUGUCCUCUCCUUCGCCGUCCUGGCCGUCCUUGUCCUCGCCCUGCGCUGGAGUGCAACGGCCUUCCUGCCAACCGGCAAGCCGCUGCUGCGUGGAGGAGCCGCAGGGGCCCUGGCUACCACGGCGGCGGCUGCCGGAGCGAUGCCGGCCUUGGCCGAGGAGGAAGGUGGCCUUCUGAACUUCGGGAAGGUGGAGCUUGGGGGCGGCUUUGCCCUCAAUUUGAACAUCCCGGAUAUCAAUCUGGUGAACAUCUCGAUCCUGGUUGCCGGCCUCUUCUACUUCCUGGGCCCUCUCCUCAGCGAGUCCAUGGCCUCGCGCGAGAAGGAGAUCCAGAGCGACAUCGACGAUGCCAUCGCCAAGUACAACGAGGCUUCGACGCGCCUGGCAGAGGCCAAAAAGGCGAAGGAGCAGGCUGAUGCCGUCGUCAAGGAGAUCAACGACAGCAUCGCCAAGGACAUCAAGGAGUUUCAGAGCACCCUCAACGCCCGGAGCUUGGAAUAA